CAUUCAGCUGGGUAUUUUUUAUUUUAUUUUUCCUCCUUUCAGCCUCAACAAAAAUACUUUGUGAUGAAGAUGGUGAUGAUGAUGGUGAUGAGAGAACAUCGGUUUCGCGAACCAUUGAACCUUACUGCUACUGGCCUUACUAUUAAUUACGGUAUCAUCAUCAACGACGACGAGAUUUAAUCCUUCCUUCUUGUUUUUCUUUUCUUUUCAUUCUUGUUCUUUCUGACAGUUUGGUUUCAAAACUCCCAACUCGAGCAUCGACCCCCUUGUGCUUCCCCCAUUGGACGUGCCAUCCUCAGCAGUAACCCUUAGCCGGUGACCAUCCCAACGACGCGGGUAACUUAUACUCAGAUCAAGUUGUCCGACACAGCAGCACAGGGCGGCGAGAGCACGGCUAAUAAUCCAUAAAAAUCUCGCUCCAAAGAACUAUCCACCAACCAACCACCACCGUCCCCCCUUCCUCCCGAUUGGAGCAACCCCCCCAAGAAAAUAACAAUCACCCCCGGCCGCCGCCGCUACCGGUAUUCCCACCACUCUUCCGUUCAUCCAUCGUCGAUCGAGAUACGGCACACACACACAUCUAAAAUCGGGAGGAAAAAAAAAGGGGAAAGCAAGGAAGGAAGGAAAGAAGAGUCAAAAUGCGUACAGACCCCCGCAUCCGCCAGUCCCUAAACCGCAUCUCGACCUCUCUCGAGAACGCAUCGGACAACGCUCGCACGGGCUGCUUCACGUUUGCAAAGUCAUACUUGGACCCUUGUCUAGCCUCCUUAUCAAAUUGUCUACCCCGGCAACGGCCACACAAUGCACACCACAGGCGCAGCGAGUACCCUUUUGGGUUCUACGAUUACGACGAUUACUCGGAUGAGGAGACGUCUCGACGGGGUGGUGGGUUUCUGGCCUGGGGGAAUGACGAGUUAGAUCGGUUACUAGCUGGCAGUGGAGCUGGAGAUUGUGGAGGUGGUGGAAGUGGUAGUAGUAGCGGGUAUCGGGCUGGAGGGGGAAUGUACUACGGAUCUUCAGCAUCAACAAGUGCCGUUGGAGCUCUCGGUGGGAAGAGAAAGUGCAAUUUAUCGAAUGAAUCAGAUCCUACGGUGAUUCCCACAACAAGUAUGUUCGGCUUCCUAGCCCGCUUCACAAGUUUCCGUGGCCGCGGCCUGCGAUAUAAACCCUCCGCCGCGAACCUUCAAGAACACCCACAACGCCACACCGGCCUGACGGCCGUAGAAGAGGAAUCUGGUCGGAACCGCUCCACCAGCCCCGGCAUCCGGGGUGGGAGAGGAGGGGCUGGAAGGGGACGAAAACGCAGCGCCACAAAUAGCUCCGGCGAGAGCGCCGGCGAGAGCCUGCGUAGUCGGGGGGACCUAUGGCCUAGCGAGGACGACGACGACGCAAUCCCUAUCAGUGAUGACUUCCUUGGUAAUAGCACAGGUGGCGACCUGGUCGUUGUCCGCUCCCGGGACGAGGCAUCCCCAUCCCCGCCAUUACCAUCGGACGACGAUGCACUGCGCCUUGAAGAACAAACCGCCCGAGAAUACGAAGAAUCGGAGAUUGAGAGGAAGCGGGGAGCGGCGAAGAAACUUGCGUUGCAGAGGGGCUUGGCUGCUUCCCCUGUGAGCCCCUCCUCCUAAAAUCUUUCAUGUAUGCGUGAUUCUCUAACAAUUGUGUAAGAAAAGGACCCAAUUUCAGCCCCACUCCCGUCCUCGGGAUCAGUCUCAAAAGCCGUCUCUCUGAUGUCUGCAACGACGACUGAGGCCCCGCAGUCCCCGACUAGCAUGAGGUUAUCCACCCCCUCCCCACCGCCAUCCCCCCGGAGCCGGUGAGGAGGGAGAAGGUCGAUUCUGCUCCUACUUCCGCUACCAUUCUCCCUUUGUUAUCCCCACCACCACCACUGCCCACAGAAGCAGGCGUAGCAAAGGAAGGGGCGAACGAAACGGUAAAGGAAUUCGUAGGCGCUGGUCAGGUGGGGAGUGUAUAAUCAACCUUACCCUCUUAUCCCUUACAUUCGGGCUACCGGUCCACUUCUUUACUCAUGCCUGCAUUCUCUUUUCCUAUUCUCCCCUCAGCGCACAAAAAUCACCAAACAACCAAACUACAAAAAAUAACAGAAUAUCGGUGUUCAGGGUAGGCUAGGAUAUUGAUAGGUUUUGGAGUUUUUUCUUUUCUUUUCCUUUCCAUUUUUCCAUUUUUUUCGCAUUUCCUUUUCCUCAUGCAUGGCUGGUCUUGUCUUGUAAUCCUUCUCUUCUUUUGGGAUGGGAUGGGAUGGGGGUGGCAUAGGACGAAUGAAGGAAUGGUGCUCUGAUGGAUGAUGGAUGGAUGGAUGGAUGGAUUGAUACAUACUUAAAAAAUUAACUAUUAUAUCGUA